AUGGGAAUGAAGUUUCUGAAGUCUGGUGCCUCGGCCACCGAGGCCGUCGAAGCUGCUUUACGCGUCCUCGAAGACAAGGAGAUCACCAACGCCGGUUACGGAUCCAAUCUUUCAAUGGAUGGGACCGUCGAAUGCGAUGCAACGAUUGUCGAUCAUCUUGGUAGAAGUGGUGCUUGCGGAGCUGUCCCAAACAUCAGAAACCCGGUCUGCCUCGCAAAGUUGAUCUUGGACAAAAGCAGCCAGCCUCUAUCCCUGCGACGAGUCCCACCAAAUAUUCUCGUUGGUGAGGGUGCCAAAAACUUCGCCUCGGAAAACGGAAUGCAAAGUGUUCCCAACGAGUACCUAAUCUCUAAAAACGCGCGUGACCGGUUUUUACGAUGGCAAGAAGAUCUUAAACGGGCUGAAGAGAAGCAGAAGCAGACUGGGACUCGCAAAGCACCUGGAGAAGCGACUGAUAGCUGCCAGCAAUACGAGACAGUACCAACACCCGCCCGAAUGUACCAGAACCAACAGAGGGACCACGUCAGUGCUAUUCUCAGCGGUACAUGGAAUGAAGGCCAGCCUGAUUCACCACUGCGAGGUUCUCCGGCACUCGAACAGAUGCAGGGCCAAUACCAGGGAAGCCCUCCGUUUGGAUCAUCGCACUCUCGGGCGUCACCCUCACGGCAAACAAUAGAACGCUCUCCUUUGAGCCACGUUGGAGCUUCUGCGCCUUCUGCCAACAGAUCUCGACCUCACAUACUGCAAGAAGAACGGCCCCUGACGGCGUCUUCCAGCCAGCUGGCCAAUGAAGGAAAUCGUGAUGGCACAAUAUCCCCUCUGUGGACAGAUGGAACGAAGUUGGCAAGCACCAUUGCACAGCUCCAGGGCUGCAGUACUCGCGGACUUAAGCGACCUUUUGCUGCAACCGAGCUGGAGCACGAAGAUGUCAUCACCGACACCGUUGGAGCCAUAGCGAUUGAUGAGAGGGGACACAUCGCGGCGGGCUCUUCUUCCGGUGGCAUCGGAAUGAAACAUCGGGGGCGCAUAGGUCCCGCUGCUCUGGUGGGCAUUGGCACAGCUGUCGUGCCAUGCGACCCCGAUGACCCAGACAAGACCAGCGUAGCAACGGUCACCAGUGGCACGGGGGAGCACAUGGCCACCACUAUGGCAUCUCAACGAUGUGCUGAACGGAUCUAUGGAAAUACCCGCCGAGGACCGGGCGGCAGAGAUGUUGAGGAGUGGGACGAGGACGCCAUCAUGGAAUCCUUUAUCACAAACGACUUCAUGGGCCAUCCCGGCGUCAGGAAUUGCAACUCGAUCGGUGCGAUUGGCGUGAUGACAGUCAAGAAGACGCGGGCCGGGUAUUAUUUAUACUUCGCCCACAACACUGACUCGUUCGCGCUGGCUUCCAUGAGUGGUUCCGACAGAGAGCCCGUAUGCGUCAUGUCCCGCUUGGGCGAGUCUGCUCAAGUUACUCGGGGCGCCCGAAGGAUAAGGGUCGAUUCAGGACCAUGA